CCCACGUGUCUCCCCGCCUCCGCACCACCAAGUCAUCGCAAUACUUAUCCCUUACAGGUUGCCAGUUGUUAGAUUUGCCAGCCACUAUCAAGUCCAUUAAGUAUCAUUCACUCCAUAGCAAGCGCCGUUAUCCACAAUCGUACCCACGCUUUGGCUCAAACUUUAUCAACUCCAAAUCUCAGUUGACAUUUCUCUUACGGGAUCGUAAAUGUGCAUCGUGUUCUGGACCUUUGAUCAUCCCGAUUACUCGUUAAUACUAUGUAGCAAUCGCGAUGAAUAUCUCAGCCGACCAACCAAGGAUGCGGCUUUUCAUUCGUUCGAACACGACCACGAGGCUCAUUCGAACGCACCAGGUGCAAUCCUGUCAGGGAUCGACGAAAUGGGCGGUGGUACCUGGCUAGGCCUCUCCCGGACCGGGAAGGUUGCUGUACUAACAAACAUUACUGAAGCGUUCGAUCCGUCUGUUAUCACCUCGAGGGGCUCUCUUGUUUCGUCCUUCUUGCUCCUCGAAUCUGAUGAGCCGUUCGAAGAGCAGGUCAGACAAUGUUUCCCUCGGGACGCCAAGUACUCCGGCUUCAACCUCCUUCUUUUCGCGCCUCGAGUGGUACCUGCUACAUCAUCACAAUCCAGCGAUUUGGAACUACGAUACGACAACUCUUCUUUAGUCACAAACGGGGGCGCGUGUGGCCCAAUCACUUCCCGUCAACUUAGCGCGAAGGAACGUUCCUGUGGUGGGUUCUCUAAUGGAGUCGAUGGAGUCGAUGGAGAUGGAAGUGAAUGGCCCAAAGUAACACAUGGAUUGCGAGAUUUAGAGAAUCUCAUAUCACAAGUAACUCAAGCUUCAAACAAGCAAACCGACGAAUCCGAACUUGCGGACCGAUUGUUUGAAUUACUCUCCUGGAAGUCCCCAGAACCUCUCACAGAGCGAAGCCAACUGAGGAACACGGUGGAGGUUGUACCCCUUCCAGCUACGUGGGGCAGCGGAAGGGCUGAAUAUUAUGGCACGCGUUUGUCGACUGUCCUGUUAAUUCGGAGGGAUGGGCAGGUGACAUUCAUUGAACGAGAUAUAUGGAAGCUUGUCGAUGGGAAAGUGACGAGAUGGGGAGGCAAUAUAGGUAACAGCAACAAUAAGUCUCCUACGAACACUCCUUCCGAACGUACAUUUCGCUUCCAACUUGACCUUCGGUCCCCCUCUUGAUUAUUUUUCUCUCGUUCUUUACUUAAACUCUUCCAAAGUACAUUACAUUACUUGGAACGGAUUAACGGAAAUCAUAAUCCAUGUCGCCGGGUCUUUUUAAAAAUCUCG